ACAGGCCAGGCAGGGGGAUCAAGGAACGGCUGCGCUGCGGAUACCCUGCCAGGUGCCGCCUACGCUUGGGAAGCAGGGGGACCGGAAGGGUAGGAGGAAGCACGCGAGGGUUUCCUGAGAUGAGAGAUUACUUCCGUCCAUCCAUCCUUCCAGCCACCCGCUUCUCUGUCUGCAGGGGGGUGGGUGGGUUGGGGGAGGCUGAGGAAACAGCACAGGGGCUGUGGGCAGCUGUGUCUACCCAGGACUCGGGGGGAGAGGGGGUAGGGGUGUUUCUUGACUUGUCCCAACCCAGACACAGCAAAUCAUUCGGCCUCAGGCAUCCCCCAGCUACUUAAACCCCCACCCCUUCCCAAAGCCAUGGUGGCCAAACAGCGGAUCCGGAUGGCAAACGAAAAGCACAGCAAAAACAUCACACAGAGAGGGAACGUAGCCAAAACCCUGCGGCCACAAGAAGAGAAAUAUCCUGUAGGACCAUGGCUGCUGGCUCUGUUUGUUUUUGUUGUCUGUGGAUCAGCUAUCUUUCAAAUCAUUCAGAGCAUCAGGAUGGGCAUGUGAGAAGCAGGGAAUCGACACUGACUUUACCAUUCAACAUGGUGGACCAGAUACAAGUCUAGCCUGGCAUACACAUGAAGAGGUCUUACCUGACAGUGCCUGCACAUUUCUUCUUGGGUGGGUCAGACCAAAUUACCUUUUGACCUGUCAUGCUGGUACAUACAUGUUUUAACUGCGACAACAGAAAAGGACAUUUUGCUUUUCUAUUGACUUAAUGCAUUAACCACAUUGGUUAACUAUUCCAGUGCUGUUCAGUUGAUUUAUUUAUUCUCUUACCUAGUAAUUUAUGUGAUGGCCAUGUAAGUGCUUCUACUUUGUGUGUAUAUUAGAAUUCUGCUCUAUGCUGGACAUUUGUUUUUAUUACAAAUAAAUAUUCAUGUGCGCCUCUA